CAGAGCACCGGUUGCUGUGCAAGUGUACGGCGCCGAGUCUUUUUUCCUCGCGGAGAUCGCCAUCCAUCCACUCACGACUGAUGAGUGACCCAUCAGACUCAUCAGACUGUGACUUGUCAAAGAAAUGACUUUUCGUCUGCUUGUGUUUCCACGGCUUGAUCGCAUCUACGAGCAUCUGCUUCUCCCUUUAGAGCGCGACCCUUCUUGCUGCGUGGAAGGACCCAAACCGUGUUUGCACCAAGCGAGCCGUUCCUCCUUCCCUGCGCGCUUCUGCGAAAGUACACGAGCAGAUAGGAUCGCCAUCGCGCGGACCUCGACAGCCUCUUCAAAAUGGUCUCUGUCAGUCAAAGCGCUCCUGGAUCGGGCACAUCCACUCCCACGAUGAGCGGCACGCAUAUACCUAGAAAGUCGGGCACAGAGACCAGCGAAGGCUUUACAGCUUCAUCGCCACCCUCUCGUCAACUCUCUCUGCGCGACAAAUUGGCUCGCUUUGCUCCUAUCGGCAAGCGCAAUCGCAAAUCAGGAGGAGGCGUGGGAGGGGAGAAUGGACAUGGGAGUCGAGCUGCUUCUGCGGAUGAAGCUUACGAUCGACAGGAUACCAAAGGGAGCAGCGUCAGCGGCACGGACAAAUCCGUCGUCAAGGCUGCUCGUGCGGCGGAACAGGAACAGCUGAGAAGGGCUGUGCUGGUCAGACGUCAAGAGAGCGACCUGAGAGCCAGCCAAAUUGAAACGCCGGAGCAGCGCGGCAAGUAUGGUCAAGGCAUCCCACCUUCAGGUUGGGCAGACGAUGAGGCGAGCAUGCUCAAGCUGCAAGAUGUCAAGCCCGAACAAGUCGACAGCGGCUCCUUGUACAAGAAGCAGGUGGUGCUCAGGGCCAGGGUGCACGCCAAACGCGCAAUCUCGCCGCAUUUGGGUUUCCUCGUCCUGAGACAACAGCACACCACGCUGCAAGCUGUCAUUGCAGAGGAAGCUGGCUCAAAGCAAGGAGUGACGCAGCACAUGGUCAGGUGGGCAGAGAGACUGCACCAGGAAAGCAUCGUGUUCGUCAGAGGCGACAUCGUCAAGCCCAAGGUCAAGGUCAUUGGCGCCAGCAUACACGAGGCGGAGUUGCACGUGACGGAUCUCUUUCUCGUUGCCGCUCCCACCGUCGAGCUGCCUUUUAGCGUGUACGAAGCUGAUAGGCCUCCUGCUGAGCUCGUAGAGCAGCGAGAAGGACUUCGACGCCAACAGCUCAAGGUGGCGAAUGGUAAUGCCGAUAGCGAUGAGGAAUCUGAUCCCGAACGCGACGUCUCCGAGAGCGAAGAGGAGCGCAUAGAGGGCUCCGAUGCAAUCGCUGCGCUGCCCAGCCAUGCUCAUCAGCACGUCAACGCAAAGGGCGCGUCCUCCUCGAGGUCACCACCGGCUCUGACCAAACGCGUUCGAUUGACCAAUCGAGUUUUGGACCUGCGUUCGCCCGCCUCGCAAAGCAUCUUUCGCAUUCAAUCGCUCGUCUCGACCAUCUUUAGGACUUCGCUGCUGAUGCAAGGCUUCCUGGAGAUCCAUACCCCAAAGCUCCAAGCCGGUUCUUCCGAGUCUGGCUCGAGCGUCUUUCAGCUGGACUACUUUGGCCGCCCGGCCUUUUUGGCGCAAUCUCCUCAGCUCUACAAGCAGCUGGCCAUCUCGAGCGACUUGCAGAGGGUGUUUGAAGUCGGACCCGUCUUUAGAGCAGAGAACAGCAAUACGUCCAGACAUUUGACCGAAUACACCGGUCUGGAUGUGGAGAUGCAAAUCAUACGAACUUAUCACGAGGCGAUCAAGGUCAUCGAUGCGAUGCUCAAGGACGUCUUUGGUGCGAUCCGCAAAAACAUGCCGCGCGAGGAGCAAAUCGUUCGAGAUCACUUUGGCGGUGGAGAGUGCGUCUGGAUCGAAGAGACGCCAAUUUUGACUUUUCAGGAGGGAAUCAGGAUGCUGCGCGAGUCGGGAUGGAAAGAAGAGGAUGGCAGCGACCCGAGCGAGGAUGAAGACUUGGCCACUCGCACCGAGCACCGUUUGUGCGAAUUGGUCAAGGAAAAGUACGGCACGGAUUACUUUAUCCUCGACAAGUUUCCCGUCUCUGCUAGGCCUUUCUACACCAUGCCCGAUCCCGAAUUGCCUGGCUUCACCAACAGCUUUGACAUUUUCUUGAGAGGCACGGAAAUCUCUUCGGGCGGCCAGCGCAUUCACGAUGCGAAGGAGCUAGAAGAUAACAUAAGGCAUAUGGGACUGGACACGAGAGCGCUGCAAGAAUAUCUCGACGGUUUCAGGUACGGCAUGAGUCCUCACGCCGGUUGCGGCUUUGGUCUAGAGCGCAUCGUGACCACCUUCCUUGGACUUGGUGAUGUCCGUUGGGCAAGUCUGUUCCACAGAGAUCCGAGAAGUCUGCCUGCGGACAAUCGACCUCCGCCCUUGCGCCACGCCGACGCCGAUACGGUCGCCAUUGCAGCCCAGCUAGCUUCUUCGGCAGGAGCGAGCAACGGAGCAGUUGUGCGCGAAGCGCCCAAGCUCGAGCUUGCCAAGCUGGUGGCGAAUUACGGAGCAAGUUCAAACACCUCUUGGCUAGAUGAGAGGUUCUCGCACUGGCAAGACCCCUUGACGGGCGCCGUUGUGGGAUAUGUCAAGCGUGGGAAAUUUGCCAUCAUCGUUGGGGACCCACUCUGCGAUGUCAGCCAGAGCAGGCAGGUCAUCGAAGGCUUUUUGAAUCACCUCAAGACUCCGCAGAUCAAGUUGAACCCGCUAUGGCUCUUGAUCAAAGAAUCUACAGAAGAGGUCCUGGCCAGCCGCUUCAACUGGAGCUCCGUCUCGUGCAUCGUGGAGCAGCGCGUGCCAAAGGAAGGUAGACAAGCCGCGCUGGCUGCUGGGGAUAUGGAGCGCAAGCUGCGCAAAGCGGAAAAGGAAGGGCUAAAGAUCGAAGAGAUUGAGCUAAAGGAAAGGGUGCCUGAUGCGAUCAAGAAGGAGGUGCAGGAGAAGAUCGAAGAGUGGAAGAAGAGUCGAGAGGGCAAAAAGCAGCUGCAUUUGACAGAGGUGGAUCCGUUUCAGGAUGAGCUUCAUCGAGUCUACUUCAUCUCCAGGACCAAAGAGGCAGGUCUGCAAGCCAUGGUGGUUUUGGCCCAGCUUGCGCCUCAAAACGGCUGGCAGAUCAAAUGGUCCUUGGACUUUCCAAACGCCAUCAAUGGAGCCAUCGAGUCGACGAUUGUACGAGCUCUGGAGACCUACUCUACCGACCCCUUUACCUUUGGUGCAGCGGCGGGUCACGAUUUCGAAGCGGUGCACGGCGUGGGCACGCUCUCUGCCAAGGCGCUCAGCAAGACUUUCAAAACGGUCGUCGGAGCUGCUGGGUUGCAUCGAAAGAACGAGUUCAGAUACAAGAUUGGCGCAAAGGAUGAAAAGCUUUACAUUACAUUUCCCAGACAUGGGCUCAGAGGAGGAGGAAUCAGGCGCAGCGAGGUCCGGCUUUUGUACAAAACCUCUUACACGUCGCAACUUGGCAGAGCAAUACAAUCCUUUUCCUCCCUCUUGGGAAAGGGGUCGCGCAGGAAGUCAGGCAAGUCUGGUCGAGAAGACGCAGACUCCGCUGGUGUGACCAUGCUCGUGAACGCAAAGGCGAGGCGAUGCACUCUCACCAUCACGAUCACGAUCAGCGCUGAUGCCGCGCGCAUCAAUCUUCUCCAUGCUCACUUUCGCAUGGCUGGAGAGAGGAGUGAUCCAACCGGCCCAAAUAUUGAACUGCAAACCUCUCUCGACAUGCGCCUGCAAGUACUUGUGUUGCUCUCGCUCUGGACAAGCUGCGCCAUGGUCUUUGGAUACCUGACUGGCCAGCAAUGCUUCGAUCAGGACUGUCCCGUCGGUCUCUGUAACUGCUACUCUGGCUGUACUUGCGCUGGGGGCGAGGGACCAGGCGGACCACCCAGCGGAUUCAAGAGGGUGCCUGUGGCAGUAUCGGUGCCGGGGGGGAACGAUACUGUCCUCCAGUAUGCCACGGCGCUUCUGGCUGUCCGCCUUGAGCGAAGCCGAGGGAAGCCAUCCCAGCCCUUCGAAGGCGUCAAACUUGAGCAAUGGACCACGUUGCUCGCUGGAGUGAGGGUCAAUCGCGCGCUCCACACGGCAAUUUCCGUGCGCCUCAUACUGAAGAGGCUCGACGGCAACAAAGCAGUCAAAGUCGGCACACUGCUCGCCUCGUGA